AUGUUAACUAAAUGUAAGUGCGGUUUCUGCUACGUGUAAUUGUUUUUUUAGAUUCUGCCAGGUCACUCCGAAUAUACAUGAAAGGGCGAAACAACUGUCAAUCCCUCCUUCAGCACAGAUUUAUUUCAGAGAAAGCAGACAGUCCUAGUAAGAUAAUUUUUGUUUUUAUUGUCUUGCUUAUAGGCCAUUCGACAACUGUAAAACCUGAAGAACCCCGGUCAAGAAGUGAGUUUGUGGCUUCGAAGAUUGUUGGAAAGCUCGAAGAUCACAGGAACCGAUUAUUUGCUGUUGUUUUCAUAAAUGGGCGUCAAUACAAAGUUAGCGAUGGCGAUAUUAUAGUUGUUGAACAGUCUAUCCCUCUCGAUUUUGGAGAGCGAAUCAAACUUGAGAAGGUAAUUAUUUUUUGGGCUAUGAUUGAACAGAACUGUGUCAUGAACAUCUAUCCAGUGGUGGAUGGUCCAGAUAAUAGUUGUUCCAUCGGAGACGGUGUUGUGUUUGUGCAAAAAUUGAAAAUUUAAAGUUCAAUGGGCCUUUGAAAUGUAAUUAAUUUUUAAGGUCUUGUUGGUUGGUGGAAGCGAAUUUACGUUGCUCGGACGGCCCAUUCUGGAUCCCCAAAUGGCAUCUGUUGAGGCUACGGUUGUGGAAAGGACAACAGCCCAACCAGAGAUCGACUACUUCAGUAAAGAUGGAAAACAGAUUAGGAUCACUAAUUGUAAGUAUAGUUUUCGCUUAAUUUGUCCACUUUUUUCAUUACUCCUAUAUUUGGAUGACGAUCGUUGUUAUUCUUUUAGGGAAGAGCAAAGAACUUACGACAUUGCGAAUAAACAAGAUCAGCGUCGAUUCCACUCAGGUCCAGAGUGUUUAAAUGAUGAUAUUAGGUGUUUCAUUUUGUUUGUUGGAUUUUUCAUAAAUCAUGUGUCCUCGUCUUCCCCGGCCUGGGAAUCUUUACUUCAAGCCUGGGAAAUUAGAUUUGUCGUUUUUGAAUAAGUCUGAACUGGAUUUAUAUUCAAAUGGGGUCCUUUUAUGGAUUCCAAGGUCCAGGAGGUUUCUGGAAAAGAGGAGAAUUGGGUGGGUUUCGAGGGAGGUCUUGAACUCGAUAUGAAUAACUUGAUAUAAACGGGGAAGGGGAUGGUUGUCGCGGCUCGGAGAGGAGUGUCCAUUUCGUUUAAGGAGCGACGUCUCCGAAGACGGAUGGGAUAAGAUGUAGAGCGAACUCCUUACCUCAUCUCUCGGCCGUCUUCAGGAGAUAGUAAUUGCCCGCGAAAACGCCAAAUUGAAUGUAAUUUCCAUACUUUGAAAAACGUGUUUUUCCGCGGCAGAAGGGGCGGUCUUUCGGCCGCGGGAAGAGUUCUCCGUCCCGGCUUGAACCCAGUUUAUCGGACUUCAGGCUGACCCAGUCGAUGGUCAUCCUAAUGACAUGAUGAAGGUAAUUGUCGCCGUCCUGUUUCCCUUCUGUGUGGUGUCGUAUCCAGCCAAGAUACCUAUACGUAGGUUGAAACAAAGUCGAUUACCGCUUCCCAGAGUCGUUCACAACACCUGGGGACAGGGAGCAGGGUGUCAAUUCCAUCCUAAAUUUCACAGUGACCCGUCUCAACAGUGAAACGCAGAAUCCAUUCCUACUGGAUUAUGCGGAUAAGACAUUGAGAAAAGCUGCCGGGGAUGGAUGGGGUGUGAUGCAAGCAGGUAAAGCGCUGACAGCACAUUAAUUCUAUUGUAGUAUGUGAUUCGAUGGAAAACGGGUUUAUGGUUAUGGUGGUCGGUGACAAUCAGCAUCAUCACCAGGCCUAUGUAAACGUCGCCAAUACUAUGGAAAUGCCUCUGAUUAACUGGGAUUUGUCCCACCAACCCAAACUGUACUCUCCAACCACGAAGUAACUCGGAUUACUCAUUAAUGAUUGAUUUAAUUUUUAGUUUUGAAGUUAGUCUAAAGCCUCCGAAUGCAGAAUUGUUAGCCGACUUGAUUGUUCUUAAGAAUUGGGACACGUUUAUUUACAUGCAUGAUGUGGAUAAUGCCGACGAGGCGGCACAGAAUGUUCAACGAAUAUAUGGUCAUCUACAGAAAGUAACAAACAAAACAGUCACAUCCGAGAUACUCCAAAUGACCAGAGAAACUAAGGACUUCUCUGACUUCCUGGUGCAGUUCAACAUACGGAGGGUGGUCAACCGCGGAGAUAGUAAUGUGUGUAUAAAUAUUUAAUGUUAUGUUGUGAAUAUCUUCUGACGGGUGUUUUUCAGCCUUGCCGGGUUAUAAUCGACGCUGCCAGCGCCUUCAGACAACAAGAGAUUCUGAAGUCAAUAAGGGCCGCUCAGUUUAACCAGGCCGACUACCAUUAUGUUCUUGCCAACUUUGUAAGUGGCUAUCGAAAACAGCUAUGAUUUUUUUAGGACCUUCUUCCCUAUGAUGUUGAGAAAUUCCAAAGCGCCAACAUCAAUAUUACCGGGUUCCAGAUCACAGAACGGGAGAGUAUCGAAUAUGAUCAUUUACGUCGCUUCCUUCAUGAACAUGGUCAUCUGGAUGAAGAGGAGAAUAACCAAGACCUCCAGGCACGACUCGCAUUCGUUCAUGAUGCCAUUCUAGUCGCUAAAACGGCAUUAGAAGGGACGUUGAGAAGGAACGAUUCGCUGUUUCAUCACAACUUUCGACACGGCGAAUUGUAUAACCAGGGCUUUCCGGGCCUGUUCUGUCAUCCACAAACAGACAAAAGAAACCCCGGAAGACCGUUUGCACCGUUUGAGCAUGGCCGGGCCAUUCUUCGCGAACUACAUCAGGUAGAUCGUUUGGCGAGUAAAAGCGCAAACAAUUUUUUUAAGAAACAUUACAUAACCUUGCGUACAUUUAUAACCUCAAUGAUGACAAAUUUUAGUUGCGCCUUACUGACGUUGAAGGCGCUUUGACUGGAACAAUAGAAUUCGACAGGAAUGGAGAGAGGAAGAACUUUCAAGUUACAGUAAUCGACCUUGUUUCGAAUCUCAAAAGUUCCUUCAAUAAGAAGGAGAUCUUUGCUUGGAAACAAUCCUUUGGAUUCUUGAAUAACCAGACAGUUGCUCAGCACACAAGAAAACAGUUGAAGGAUAUGGAUCGAGCAAAGAUUGUAAGGGUAGUCAGCACAAUCGUGGAACCAUUUGUAAUGAUAAAGCGAGACUGCGAAAAGUCAAAUGCCACCGAAUGUCUGGGUAAUGCAAAAUUCGAAGGAUUCUGCAUAGAUCUAUUGAAACUAUUGCGUGAUCGGAUACCCGAAUUCAAUUAUGAGAUCCAAUUGAACAAACAAAAUAAGUACGGUGUUAAACAACCCGAUGGCAGCUGGGAUGGACUGGUCGGGGAUUUGUUGAGAGGCGAAGCUGACGUUGCUGUAGCCUCACUUACUAUUAAUCAGGUGAGUAAUUUAAAAUUCAUUAUAUUCUUAAAUCUCAGGACCGCGAAAGAGUUGUCGACUUCAGCAAACCUUAUAUGACCACUGGAAUAUCGAUCAUGAUAAAGAAGCCGGACAAACAAGAGUUUUCUGUCUUCUCUUUCAUGCAGCCCUUGAGCACUGAAAUUUGGAUGUACAUUAUAUUUGCAUAUGUUGGGGUUUCUGUCGUAAUUUUCUUAGUCUCUCGGUUCAGUCCGUAUGAAUGGCGGGUGGAAGAGAUGGCCAAUGGGGGAUUUACCAUUUCCAAUGACUUCUCGGUUUACAAUUGUCUUUGGUUUACUUUAGCCGCCUUUAUGCAACAAGGAACUGACAUCUUGCCAAGGUAGGGGCCUGUUAUGCUUUUUUCUUAUGGUGUUUAGAUCAAUAAGUGGUAGAAUUGCAAGCAGCGCUUGGUGGUUCUUCACGAUGAUCAUAGUGUCUUCUUACACAGCUAAUUUGGCUGCCUUCUUGACAUUGGAGAAAAUGCAAGCGCCAAUCGAAAGUGUGGAGGAUCUGGCUAAACAAACCAAGAUUAAGUAUGGUAUCCAACAAGGGGGAUCAACCGCUCAAUUCUUUAAGGUAGUUCGAUACUUUGUCCAAAAAAGUUAUUUUAGCAUUCCUCCGUACAAACUUACCAAAGAAUGUGGCGAUUCAUGGAAUCGCAAGUCCCCUCAGUAUUCACCAAUAAUUAUGCCGAAGGAAUUGAAAGAGUCCGAACCCACAAAGGAAGAUACGCAUUCCUACUUGAGGCUACCGCCAACGAAUAUGCAAAUACGAGGAAGCCUUGUGACACUAUGAAAGUUGGCGCUAACUUGAAUAGUGUCGGGUAUGGGGUGGCCACGCCUUUUGGAUCCGAAUGGAAGUAGGUUACCUUUUAAGCAUAAAUUAGAGUAUUCUGAUAAAGGUCCUCAUUCAUAUUUUUCUAGAGACUUAAUUAACUUGGCAAUCUUAGCUCUACAAGAACGUGGUGAGCUGAAGAAGCUCGAGAAUAAAUGGUGGUAUGACAGAGGUCAAUGUGAUCAAGGAAUAUCGGCAAGGAUACCCUUUCAUUAAUUAUGUUUCUUUAGGAUGGCUCGAGUGCUAGUCUCAACCUAAGCAAAGUUGCUGGUAUAUUCUAUAUCCUGAUGGGAGGAAUGAUUAUUUCAAUGAUAGCGGCAAUAGGAGAGUUCUUAUACCGAAGUAGGAUUGAAGCUCGAAAAGGCCAAUUGUCAUCAAUGGUAAAACGACAUUUAAUUAAGUGGCCAACUUUCCCAUUUAGAAAAACCUGAAAGCCUCCUUUUACGGUCAAUUACGCCUUUCGAUGCAAGGUGGGGCAGUAGUACACGAGGGGAACAGUGUUCAUGAAGCGUUGACAAAACACAAGGUCAGUUUUCCGAUGCACAAAACUACUAUUUGACUCUAGGCAUCUUCUCUUUUGCCCGCAAAUUAUAAUGAACCUCAACCAGUUGGAGCACUCCCAUCCAAAAAAACCAACAAUUCGGAGUCCAAGACGAACAACCUGCAGAACAACCAUCGAAAUAAUUCCCUUCGGAAAUCUCAUCUCAAAACAUAUAAUACGGCUGUAUAG